UGCCCUGAGCUGAAGGCAGAAGCUUAAUGACUGAGCCACCCAGGUGCCCCGGAUUUAACAGUUUUUGACAAAAAUAAGUAGGGCAUUCAUAUUGUUUUUUACAGUUUUAUCAAAACUGAUUGUUUAGACUUUGCUCUCUAGCUGGUUUCAUUGUUCCUCCUUUUCUUUUAAAUUUUCCCUAGUCCAUUUACUUUUCUUUUCCUUUUUCACCCCUUAAUAUUUCAGCAGGUGUUUCCCCAGACAAGGACACUCUGCUACAUAGUCACAAUGUGGCCACCAACUCAGGGUAGUGCUACAGCCGUGGUGAUGUUCCCUCUUCUGUCCUCCAGCCACCUCCCCGGGCCCAGUGUGUAUUUGCAAAUCUUUAGUCUUCUCCAGUUUGGAGGAUUCCCUCCAGCUUUUCUUAUCUUCUAUAACCCUGGCAGUUUGGAAGAGUACAUUUGUCAACUCUCCCUGUGGUUUGAGAUGUGAUGCUAUGUUCUCAGUGCAUCGUAUCAACAAGCUGUCAGUUUGCCCUGUUACCAGAGAGGUUAGUUCUGAUCAUUUGGUUAAGAUAAGUGUUUGCCAGCGUUUUCCACUCUGUAACCAGUGUGUUAUUUCUUCUGGGGUGUCACUGCUUGUAGAUCCCCUUGGUGGACAGAGCUAGGAAACAUAUGCAUGCUUAGACCCGUACAUAUGCAUACAUGUGUAUGUAAGGGCACAUACAUAUGCACGUGUGUGUACCUACAUCUGUAUCUCUUUGUGUGUACGUUCCCUAUGUGUCAAGAGCCACGAGUUUACUGCGAUCAUUCCAAUUCUGGGUUUAUUCUAGUUAGCCUUCCCCCUUCAUAUUUAUAAGUUUCAUCUCUGAUGAUAAGAACCAUGGCUUUGAUUAUUCUCUGUGUAUUUAUGUAUUUACUCAGUCCCUUUGUAUUUGUUCAAUCCCUCUGUUGUGCAGGCCACUUCCUCGGCUGUGGGCUUGCCCAAAUCCCCAGACCCCACCCUUGAGGGGAGUCUUGCCAGCCCUGUCCCAGGUGGCCUUGCACCAGCCACAUUAACCAAAGUCCUCGCCCUGCCGACUGUUGCCAUGUGGUCCUGGUCACCAGCCUGCUGAGACCACCUUUUACCCACCAGAGGACACCACAGAAAAUGGUAUAUUAUGGGAAACCUUCUUGUAAAAACAACUAUGAAAAUUAUAUUGAGAUAAUAAAGUAUGUGUUCAGCUCCUACAAGAGAGAGUCCCCUCUCAUCAUCAACACAAUGGGCUGGGUGUCAGACAAGGGGCUUUUGCUGCUCAUCGAUCUCAUCCGGUUGCUGUCUCCCAGCCACGUCGUUCAGUUCAGUUCUGGCCGGAGCAAAUACAUGCCGAACCUCACCCCUGACUGUGUGGACGACAUGGACGGCCUGUACACCAAGAGCAAGUCCAGAGUCAGAAACAGAGGUUUCCAGCUGGCAGAGUUUACGGAGAGUUUGGAAUUUGCAGACGAAGAGAAGGAGAGUCCAGUUGUGUUCACUGGCCAUAAGCUGAUGUGCGUCCAGUCGGACUUUGCGUUUAGGAAAACUCCAAGAAACAGAGAGUCGCAUAACAAAGUUCUUCGGGAUUUGGCAGUACUAGGUUACCUUGGCCAGCUGCAGCCUCCAGUGCCAAAACCACUUUGUCCUUUACAUGGUCUGACGCCCUAUCAGGUAACCUGAACUCGGAUGAGGAAUUGUCCCUGUGGAUGUAAUGAGCCCUUGUGGGGCUUCCUG